AGAAGCUGAAUAUAUCAUUUCUCUCUCUCGCUCACUCGCUAGCUAUUUUUCUCUUGAGGAUUAUUUUUUUGGUUGGGUGUUGAAGGAGCGAAAAUGGCGUCGAAUCUCCUGAAAGCUCUGAUCCGAUCGCAGAUUCUUCCAUCUUCGAGGAGGAACUUUAGCGUAGCGGCGGCUAGCACUCAGCUCGACAUUCCAACAAACGAUUUAGUCGGAAACCACACCGCCAAAUGGAUGCAGGAUAGAAGCAAGAAGUCGCCAAUGGAACUGAUCCAUGAGGUUCCACCUAUCAAGGUUGUUGGAAGAACUGCUGCUUGUGAAGGAGACACCAAUCCAGCACUCGGUCAUCCAAUUGAGUUCAUUUGCCUCGACCUACACGAGCCUGCUGUCUGCAAGUACUGUGGCCUUCGUUAUGUUCAAGAUCAUCAUCACUAAAUGCAAUUUUCGCAAGUGAAACAUCUCUCCCCUCUCAUCUCUCUCUUCCUUUUUAUUGCAUUGUCAAGUUUGUGUAUUGCUUCUAUGAGGCUCCGACAUCUUGAUAUAUCAUUUCUAAUAAAGGAUUCUAUCACAUUAGUGCAAGUGCGACUUUAUUUGAUCGCAUUUGUCAGAUUGUAACAUCCAAUAUUUGAUACUCUUUUCCAUGACAAGGCUUGUGGAUUUCUUACAUAA